UCCCCACAAUACCCCCAAGCAAACCUAGGUUACCCUGGCCAAGCUGCGCACUCAGGCUACCCCGGCGGGUUCCCCGGCGCCGGCGGCCCCAACCCUCCUUACGGCGGCCAAGGACCCCCUCCCCCUCAGGCUCCCCAGCAACACGCGCACCACGCGCCACCCGCGGUGGGCGCGUCGAACAUCGCGACGACGGGGCAGGUUGAGGGCGCGCAGUUCCGGAUCGACCACCGCGACAGCAACAGCAUGCUCUACCUGCGGCUGCAGCCGGGGUACGAGAUCAAGGCGAAGCCGGGGAGCAUGGUCGCGAUGGACGCGACGGUGCAGAUCAAGGGCAAGCUCAAGUUCAGCAUGAAGAAGAUGUUCACCGGGAGCGACAUGACGGAGUCGCUCUUCACUGGGCCUGGAGAGGUCCUCCUGGCGCCUGAGAUAUGGGGCGAUAUCGUGCCGAUCCAUCUGGACGGGCAGACGCCGUGGAAUGUCGGGAAGCACGCGUUCCUUGCGUCUACUCCUGGCGUCAGCCGUACCGCCAAGUCACAAGGCUUCGGGAAGGCGCUUUUCUCGGGGGAAGGCCUCUUUGUCCAGCAGGUCACCGGCCAAGGGACUAUGUGGGUGACGAGCCUCGGCGCGAUCUUCCAGCGGACGCUGCAGCCGGGAGAGCAGUGGAUUGUCGACAAUGGCCACCUCGUUGCAUGGACGGCGGGGUACAAAGUCGAGCGCAUCAACGCCGGCGGCCUGUUCUCGAUGUCCCACACAGACGAAGGCCUAGUCUGCCGGUUCACUGGCCCUGGAGUGAUCUACAUCCAGACGAGAAACCCGGAGACGCUGGGAGAGUGGAUAAGAGCCCAGGUGCCGCCCUCGUCGACCACGAUCGUAGAACAUGCAUAGUGGCCCUCCUGCCGGUGUAUCCGGGGGAAUUCAUAC